UCUCUCUCUCUCUCCCUGUCACUGCCUGAGGCCCCAUCAAGGAAAGCACGUAGCUAGCCUGCUGCAUCAUGCCAACAGUCAGCGGCAUGUUCGUUCACGAUCAGCCUAGUAGUACUAGUAGUUCAAUUGUCUUCAAAUGCACAGGUUCGCUUGGUGUUCUGCAGUAAUUCCUUGCUCGGCUCAUCACGAACGCUACAAGUUUCCUCGUUCUCGGACUUCUACAAAUUGCUGCGGUGAAAACUUCUCAUCUGUACCAAUUUGGCGGACAAUAGCGGAGUCGAAUCUGCAUUGCUGGCUACAUACAUACACAGCAACAAUUGAAGCCGAUUCGUUGCGGAAAUAUUUCGCAAGAGAGCUGAGCCGGCUUCCAGAGGAGAUUCAUUUCGGACAAGUAAAGUUUGUUGCUUUGAGGGAAGAGUUCGUGUGUUUGAGUGUGUCGUGAGUCGCUGUAAAGCGCAGGCGCUGUGCAACUGCGCGGGCAGAGAAGGUGUGCGCUGCAGUGCACAAGCAUUUUCCAAAAAUGCGUGCCACCUACUACAUGCAGAGAAUAGCGGCGGUGGUCGUGCUGCUCAGUGUGGCAUUAUGCAGCCACAGUGGUGUGCAUGCAAGCUGUUCUAUUCAACUGAAUAAUGGACGGUUCUCGUGGAUGGUGGGAAUCAAUGACGACGUCCUGCGCACGCGGUCACGCGGCGAUCGCCAUGACUAUCGUGACUUGAAGGAGGCCAUUGUGGAAAAGUUCACGCUGGCAUCUCAAUGGUUGUACCGGGCAACCAAGCAGCGUGCGUAUGUAGGUGACAUUACCGUCGUCGUGCCCGACACGUGGCGCGGAGAUCCCAGCUUUGAAUGCGCCAAGCAAUGCGAGACGUACGAACGGGCGAAGAUCAAGAUCAGGCAGCCGCGAGUGGACAGCCGAGGACGAGAACUUCACGGUGCGUAUGUUGUGCCGGGACGGUGCGGAGAGGAGGGAAUGCUCAUGCAUCUAACUGCCUCGAGAAUAGCCGCUGCAAGCCACCAGGCCAGCCCGGCAGAGAAGAUGAUCGUGCACGAGUUUGCUCACUUGCGCUAUGGCGUCGGUGACGAGUACUACCAAUCUGUGUAUGGCUACGGUGCGGACGGAAAGCCAUCCGCUUGCUCGGUGAAGGUGGAACCAAAGAUCAGUCGCUUCUCCGGUCGGUACAGCGGCUUUGAAACACACGAUGCUCAGGCAUCAUUCAUGUGGCAUCAAUUCCGUGACCAGAUCGUCCACUUCUGCGAGAAAUCCGAUCCCAGGCGUAGCGUGCAGCACAACAGGCUGGCGGCCAACUCGCACAACCAGCGCUGCAACCGGCAGAGCGUCUGGGAGGUGCUCGAGAAGAGCCAGGACUUCUGCUGCAACCGAAACCGGCCGAUGCGACUACACUGGCAGAACGUACCUAAACCCACAUUCAGGUUUGUGCGCAAGUGUCUUGGUGGAUGCGAGGUAGUUGCUGUUGAUGUCUCGGCAAGCAUGAAAGGGCGAAUGAUGGAGGUGAACCAGGCCGUGGCCAAUGUCAUCGACCGUGCCACGUCGUCCCUGCGCAUGGGCUUGGUCACGUUUGCCGAACAGGCCACGGUUGUGGCCGGCUUGCAAGCUGCAGAUGGAAACUACAAGCAGCAUCUGAAGCGAUCCCUGCCGUCGGACAAUCAAAUUCUGCUGCAGAAGACUAGCCUCUUUCAGGGCCUGCAGCGAGCUGCUCAAGUCUUGACAACCGAGCCGACGUGCCAGCAGAAGCGGAUCACAGUCGUUUCCGACUGCGGUGAGACGACGCCGCAGAAGCUGACCAGGUCCAUGCUGCUCAUGCUGCAGCAGAACGGUAUACAGAUGAACGCACUGACGUUCGACGACGAUGCACCCAAGUGUCCACUGCUGCAGCUCAGUCAGCUGUCCGAGGGAAGUGCCUGCAACCAAGGAGAUAUGCUUGCCAGCGACGCAGCCAUGGCUGACUGCACCACGCCGAAGGUGAUCCGUCCUCACUUCCAGAUGACCACCGUCGCCGCCAGACAGCGUGUCUGCCACAAGGUGUGCAUUGACCCGGACAUCGGCGUCGACACGCAGUUCUCCGUCAACUGGGACUCUCAGACGACGGAGCACGUGGCUAACAAGCUGUUCUACGUUACCAGCCCGUCCUCCAUGCACCUGCGUCAUAGCAACGGGCCAAACUAUCAGCUUGAUAACAAUCUCAUGAUGAGCAGUAUGACCGUGGUGGAUGCUUCUACCGGCUACUGGAACCUGUGCAUUCGCAACCGGAUGGAAACCACCGCUACGUUCACGACAAACGUGGGGACGAACGAGAGGCGGGAGCGCUGUGCGAUCAAGGCCGAGGGUCACCUGAGUAGUAUGUCCGUCGUGCACCCAGAGCCGGUGCUGCUGAUGGUGGAGGUCAGCAAGUGCAUGAUGCCAGUGCUGGAUGCCCUGGUGACGUGCCAAGUCACGCGGCCCAACAGUGAGCCGGCGAUGGUCAUGCUCCGCGAUGAUGGCAUGGGUGACGACGACUUGAAAAUGGACGGCGUGUACUCGGCUACGUUCUCGCAGUACAUGGGAGAUGGACAGUACAACGUACACUGUAAGGCCACAUGCCAGCGGCGAUCGAUCUCCGACGACGGCUUAGACCAUGACGACGAGAUCAUCACCAUGGUACGCAACGCGCCGAAGCGCAUGGACGACGCCGGCGAGGAGAGCGACCAGCGAAUGGACGGCAUGAGCAUGGACUAUCCGGACGACGACCGCACCAUGGCAACCGGCAUGGACCACUGCUGCUUCGAGCGGCACCUGUCGCUCGGCGCCUUCAGCGUGUUUGGCUUUGAGUUGGGUAAGAUGCAGAUCCUGGAGAAGGACAUGGUACCGCCGGCCAUGGUCAAUGACCUGAAGCUGGUCAGUGUCGACUCUGCGGUUUACCCGUACACAAUGACGUUGGAGUUCAGUACCACUGGCGAUGACAUGGAGAGGGGAGAUGCCAUGAUUUACGACCUGCGGUGGAGCGGUAUGUUUGAGUCUCUGGACGACGACAUGUCCUUCAACUAUAGCAUGGCGCCGCUGGUAAUGACUGCGCCGGAUCCACUGUUGUACCCGACUGCCAAGACCAACGACAUGGUCCCGGUCAAGGUACAGGUGACGGUGAGUGUGUGUGCCCCGGCCAAGGAGCUCAACGUCUUCUACUUUGCCAUGAAGGCGCUGGAUGAGACUGGCAACGUGUCGCCACUCUCCAACGUGGUUCGCGUAGAGUUUGAGGACGAACAGCAUCGGAUGCACUGCCCAGACCCGACAACAAACACUGCCCAGGGUAGAGUCAUGCCGAUUCUAAACGAGUGUUGCAACGACAUGACCGCUUUCAGCAUGCCGCAGACGCCGCUCGAUUGGGACCUGGAGGACCUUGCUAGACUAGGUAGACUAGACGGAAAUGACGACGGUGACGACUACGACAGUGAUGACAACGAUGAUGAGGGUGAUGAUGAUGAAAAUAUAGAAGUAUUAGGCUAGAAAUUCUGGCCCUGUUGCAUUGUGGUUUAUCAAACCGUCUCUGAUUCGUGUUCUGCACUUUUACUAAAGCUUGAUAUGGGGUAGAUCACGCUACACGUUGAUGACAUUGGCCAACGUACACACAGCCUUGCACUCGGUGUGACCAGCAUGUGCAUGUGUGUGUGUGUGCGAUGAUAGGGUGGCCAUGCUGCUGUACUGCAUGGCCAUACUGCAUGACCCAUUACAUGCACGUGUAUCAUGUGACGUGUAUCAUGUGACGUGUAUCAUGUGACGUGUGUCAUGUGACGAAUGUGACGGCAAUGAGCAUUGGCACAGGAUACUAGCUAGCUAACGUUACUUUAGUACAUAAUGCCAAUUCAUACUGUUGUUUGUGUUCUAAAUAAUUCUUCCCUCCACUUGAAUAUAAUUUCUACUUCUAUAAACUCUCCAAGAUCUUAUUAUCUACAAUACAAAACGUACACCAACCAUGCCAUGCAGCUAUUUCUCAGUAAUUUCUGCACUCCUCGAUGAGUUUUGAUAGUUGUAGCUAACUUAUGUUGCAACAUUUCAUUCACAUCUCCACCUGUCUAAUAGAUGAAAAAAGAACACCACAAUCAAUUCAAA